CAUCACUACUAGAAUGACAUCUCACCGCUAACACCCGCAGGAUGCCGAGAGUCCUAGCAUACAGCCUAACCUCAUUAAGACGGGGCUGGGGCCGACAAGGCUGAGGGUGAAUCCGCAACCCCUGACUCCAUCCGACUCCAUCUGACUCCAUCAUCCAAUGAUCCAACCCUCGUCCACCAUGACACUCCACACCAAAAAGGGUCCGGUAGGCAAACCACCACCGAAAUGGAAAAUCUAUCAACAGAAACUGAAAACCCUGGGCCGUCUCUUCCAUCGCACUGGUACCAACAACGCCCACGAAACCACAGCAACUAACACGACCCCAUUCCCCUUCCUCCGCCUCCCCCGGGAACUCCGCAACCAAAUCUACCAAGACCUCCUCACCGUGACGGACAACGGCGCCCUCUGGAUCCGCUACAGCCUAAGCCGUCAACGCUGGUGGGACGCCACACCACUCUGUCAAUUGCCCGGCCCACGAACUCCUCGACCCCGACUAACCCUCGGCCUCCUCCUCACCUGCAAAACCAUCCACACGGAAGCCCGCGAGAUCCUGCUCUCCCGCAACAAAAUCUGGCUCGACGCACCCCCCGCCAAAUGUCUCUCCUUCCUCACCACCCUCCCACCCACCAUCAGCAGCAAAAUCCACCACCUCAAGCUCUGGAUGGACGUCUACCUGAACUGCGGCAUGUCAACGGGGAACUUACCGCACCUCACCCCGGAUGAAAUCACCCACCAUACCACUCGUGUGCAGGACGAACUCCUACCCCCCUGGGAAGCCCUCUUCCCGUGGAUCCACGACAACCUCCCCCUCCUUCAUACAUUGCAUAUCCGCUUCGGCCCCAAUCGCACCUGGCACACACGUAACCUGCACUAUGUAUCCCCCCAAUGGCACCAAUUCUACCAAACCGGCUGGAUGCAGCACGUGCGAGAAACCACGACCCAAAUCCAAACCCUCCUCGUAGAAUCGGACCUGCAAUGGUGCGAUCAACUCGACGACGCAGAGCGGGUGGACUUCCAAGACCUGCGACGCGAGUUGCACCGACAUUCCGGGUUCAGGGAGGCACUGGGCUAA